UUGUCCCAGUCUAACUUGAGCAUGCCAAAACCACUUUGACUUGACGCCUUGGACUUGACUGACUUGGUCACUGGAUUCACAUUUGAACUGAUUGAAGAAGUGCCUGUGACCAGCAGAUCCGAGACCACAAAUAUCAGUCAUGGGGUGUGCUGAGCUGGAUGAAUUGGAGAAAAAGGUGAAUGAGUUGUUCAUUUUUCGAGAUCAGUACUUUGAAACACACUCCAUUGAAGAGGCUGGCAAGAAGCAAGAGGAUGUACAGAGCAAACUGGAUGAGAUAAUCAAAUUUGCUGAUGAAAUCAAGGAGACGGCGGAGAAGUCCGACCGGGUGCGGUACCUGUACCUGCUCGGGCGCGCCCGUAACGUGCAGCCGGACCACUCGAGCCAGGCAGAGGAGCUGCUCAGCCGCGCCACAAAGCUCGACCACCGGCACACCGCCGCCUGGAACGAGCUGGGGGCGUGCCUCUGGAAACGCGAGGACGCCGUCGCCGCUGGAAACUGCUUCACACGCGCCCUGGAAUCGGGCAAGAACCCGGUCUCGCUGCGCCAGCUGUCGAUGGUGCAGAGACAGACGGCGCCGCGGGACCCGCUCCAGCGCAGCAAGCAGGUGGAGGAGAGCCUGCUGAAGGCCAAGGAGGCCGUAGAGCUGGACCUGCAGGACGGCGUCUCCUGGCAGAUCCUCGGCAACGCCUACCUCUCCGCCUUCUUUGCCAUCAAACCGGACCCGAAACUGCUCAAACAGUGCCUGGUCGCCUACCAGCGCGCCGAGAGAGAUCCCGCGGCCCGGUCCAGCCCGGAGCUUCACUACAAUCGAGCUGUGUGUCUGAAGUACGAGGAGCAGUACCAGGCGGCGCUAGAGUCGUUCGACAUGGCUGCGCGCCUGUUCCCCACCUGGUCUCCACCGGCUGAGCGAGAGAAGGCCCUGCUACAGCACCUGAGCAGGGUGGCUGAGAUGGUGGCAGCGCGCGGCAAACAGAAACACAAACGGCUGCUGGCGUUUACUCAGGAGCUGACGAAGCCCCGUCUUGGUAUGUACGCCGAAGAGUGCACGGUCGGUGGCAGGAAAGUGAAGCUGAAGCCGGGUUUGGUCUCAGAGCUGACUCCCGGCACCAACACGGGUCGGCUGCUGGCGGGGAAGGUGGUGUGUAGCGUGCCCGCCGAGGACAACGUGCCUUUUACAUUCUGUCUGGUGGACUCUGAAGGCAGCUGCGUGGCCGUCAACGUCUACAACCUGGCCGAGGGCAAGGGGGUCAUCAUCGGAGACACUGUGGUCAUCCCUGAGCCCCUGCUGGUCACUGUGGACGUCCGGCAUAAGAACCAGGUGGUGAACUUCCGUCUGAUUCGCGUUCAGACGCCUCUCCUUUUGGCGGUGAAUGGUCGGCGUCCGAACCCGGACGUCCAGGCUGCUGUCUUCCUCAACACUUUCAACAUGUCCGACUGAGCGACUCGUCAUGCUCCCCUGGUGGGUCCAAGCCGGAACGAGAUGGAAAGAGACGGCCUGAGAACGUCGGAGUGAGGUGAGGUGAGGAACUUUGGCAGCUCUGCUGUGGCCCUGUGAGGCUGUGUGUAUAUUGAUGAAUGUUGAAGACACUGGACGAUGGCGGGCGAUGGUUUGACGAGUGUGCCUUGUCCGAGCGUGCCUGGUGCGCAAUGUGAGUAGUGGGACCACAGGAACGGCAUUUUAGCGCCGAAGAAACGACAGCCGCUGUGUAUGACUAGUAGGUACUCAAAGGCUGAGUGGGAGCUUCAUGAAGCCGGACUUGACGCCUUGUAAGGCCGUAUUUAACGUUACUCAUGCUGUAUAAUUAGAAGAAGACUGAGCAUACGAAAUCAAUUCUCCGAUUUUGCAGUACCGACCGAGCGGCUGCCGCUGUUCUACCCUCCUGCCAUCUGUCGGUCGAGGCCAGAAGCUCACUGUCGGUAUGUAGGUUGUUGCUUCUCUGCAGCGAACUGCAGAUGGCGCUUUGACGGCAAACGGGCUUUCGUAUGUGACUGCAGAUGAGUUUGGACGCUGCUGGACACAUUUAGGCGGCUUGUUUGUUGUUUUCACAUUAGUUGUUCACGUGGGACUGAUAUUGUAACAUGCGAUCGCGAUGCAACGUUAUGGUCAGCCAUGCGAGCGUUUGACGUAGAUUUUCCGAUUGUGGUAGACGAUAGGUUGCAAUCAGCCAAGACAAACAUCCUCUUCGCUGUAAGCAUCUCUUGACAGCCUUUCUCAUUUUCAACCACAAACAUCUUUUCCUCCACCGCCCCACCCAACUUUGGGGUAAGAAAUAAUCGUCUACGACCCCUGUAGUCAGUUUCGGACGUUGCCAUUUCCUAGGUAGGUACAAAGCAGCGUCCCUCUAGGGCUGUGGUGUUGUGUUGGGUGUGAGCCUGAUGGCUAAACUGAAUGCUGUAGGAUCAAUGUUGCGGAGGGCGGUAACCCGGUAACCAACUAACGGCGACUAUGUAAAAAGCGAGGACUUUCCGUCGGAUCAGACUAGGAUUUCGACGGAGAGGAUUCCGUGAGACAUAAGUCUCGUUAAUUUAAUCAUUUUUCUUGUUAGCUGCGAGAAGCAUGGCAACAGUUGCUAUGGACUAUGCAGCUAGCAGCAUUGUGCAUGUGAUGUUCAGAUGGUUGUGUUGAAGCCCGCGAAUUCUCUAUGGCACGGGCUCCGUUCAGCUCUUAUGUUUGCCCGUUGAUAUCUAAGUUCGCUCACACGCGUUGUAUUGACCAUAUCUGUGAUAACUGAUAACUCUGCUGUCAGUGACUGGCGCGGUCAACAUAAUACACAUCGUUUCUUUA